CACACACACACACGUACGCUAAAACGAACACACGCUGCUCCCCCAAAGAUCUCUCAGUGCAGCAUUGCCGUCGUCUGACUGAGACAAGCAUACUCUGUGCUCUCCGUUUCUUUCUUUCUUACUUUUGCAUUUUCUUCUUUUUUCUGCUGCUAGCUCACAGACGAGACUUUUUCCCACGUUUUCAGUCCGUGUGCACUCCUCAUCUGGUCCUAACGUCUGGAUUUUAACCUCUGCUGCCUUCUCUGUCCUCUUCCUACUUUUCUUUUUCUCCUUUCUGUCUCAGUUUUUGCUCGCCCACACGACCUCCGGCUCCUGGCGAUGCACCAUGCUUUCUUCUCCCACUGUUAUCCUACAGCCCUACGGACUUCCUGUGUAUCCGCAAACAACCCCAUGCUACCCUGGCUUAGUACAGGGUGCCCCAGCGCAGGAGGCAGGGCCAGGCAGUGGUGACCCACCCCUUCCUCAGGUCUAUGCCCCACCCCCCUCAUAUCCACCACCUGGCCAAGCACCACCCACAUCUGCUGGAAGGCUCCCACCUCUUGAUUUCAGCCCUGCCCACCCCACCUCUGACUAUGCAGACCAUCACCAGCUGAGAGUCUACCAGAGUGCUCAGCAUGAUGGGGCAGACUCCAUAGCCACCAGUAACACAGACGAAGCACUGGCUCCUGUGACCUCUGACCCCCAGCCUCUGAGUGCCUCUGUGACGGCUGGGGGCGGAGCAGGAAGUGGGGGUGAAGAGGAGGGCCCUGGAAAGGCACAACCCAAAAGGCUUCACGUGUCCAACAUCCCAUUCAGAUUCCGAGACCCGGACCUGAGGCAGAUGUUUGGGCAAUUUGGCAAGAUUCUUGAUGUUGAGAUCAUCUUCAAUGAGAGAGGGUCAAAGGGCUUUGGUUUCGUGACAUUUGAGAAUGCAGCAGAAGCCGACCGUGCCCGAGAGAAACUGAACGCCACCAUCGUGGAGGGCAGGAAGAUUGAGGUCAACAACGCCACAGCCAGGGUAGUGACCAAGAAGCCACAGACUCCCCUUGUCAAUGCUGCAGGGUGGAAGCUUAACCCAGUUAUGGGAGCCAUGUACACCCCUGAACUCUACACUGUUGCCAGUUUUCCUUAUCCUGUUCCCACACCAACCUUGGCUUACAGAGGCUCUGCCCUCCGGGGGCGUGGCCGUGCAGUCUACAACACGAUUCGCUCAGCUGGUACUGCAGCCACACCAGCCACUGUUCCAGCCUAUCCAGGGGUAGUCUACCAGGAAGGACUUUAUGGAGCCGAGGUCUAUGGAGGAUACCCUGCCACAUACCGUGUUGCUCAGACGCCUUCAUCUGCUGCUGCUGCUGCUGCUGCUGCAUACAGUGAUGGGUACGGGCGUGUGUAUGCCACAGCCGCUGACCCCUAUCACCACUCGGUGGGACCCACCACCACCUAUGGUGUUGGCACUAUGGCCAGUCUGUACAGAGGAGGAUACAGUCGCUUCACCCCUUACUGAAUGGAGCACCACUGUGACACCUCUGGCUCCCGACAGGGCCGAGCCGUUUCCAUGGCGACACAGGGCAGGCCAUGAUGCUCGACGCACUCAGGAAGUUAUUCUGCCUUCGCACCCAGAACGGACCUAUGGGAAUUUGUGGUGUUAUCAUACACAGACUGUGACCGAACUGAAACUAUUUAUUUUAAGUAAAGAUUCUGAUAGUUCUGAAGCUAUGUACCCAGCAACAUUCUCCCUAUGCCACAAAUGUUCAGGAAGUCUGGGAUAUUCUAUAUCACGGGCUCGUUUUUGUAUGUUACUUUCUGUUUAUUUUAACGUAGUACACACAACACAGACACAAGCUUCUCUGAGCAGUCAGGAGUUCUUGGGAACAUCUUUUAAAACUCAAGAACCAUGAGACCAUUGGUGUACAAGAGGGCACCUGUAUUCUGGUCAUUUAAUCCUAAUCUGUGCCUUAUGUCAUUACAAUGUAUUAUAAUAGUCAAUAUGACAUGAAUUAAAUGGCUGUUUCAGACAAACCUGCUACUGCGGCUAAUAGUAUGGGUGCUAGCUGUUGGAUGCUCCUUCACUCUGCUAGCUUCCUUUUAGUUUGGCUCAUUUAUAGUAGUGUGUGAAGUGAAAGUCUGUCAAUAGCCUUUAAUCUCACCACCCUUCAGAUGCUCUCUGUCACGCAGCAAACACCCAUGACACUGCCGCCGUACGGCAGUCUAGGACUCAGAAGAUUACACUGUAGAAUAUACUGAUACUUUUUACAGACUUCGAGUGUUGAAUGCCACUGCUUAAGCAGUGUGUGUGUGUGUGUGUGUGUGUGUGUGUGUGUGUGUGUGUGUGUGAGAUUUUGUAGCCAUUAAACUGAGGUACAGUGGCAGCAUUGGUGCAGGUGAUACUUUUAAUGCUCUACCUCUCAGCUGAUCUCCCCAGCUCGCCUGUAGGUAAAGGAGGCGGAGUCUCAGAGGGGGUGGGACCUGAAGACAUCCAGCCUUCCUUCCUUCUGUCUGUCUGGGCCGCUCCUAUAAACCUCUCUGUUUUCACACUUGUUUACCUCAGUGAGUGCACAGUAAACACACAGGACAGCUGGGAGUCCUUCAACUUUAGUUGGCCGUGUGCCACAAGCAUCCCCUAAAACAUUAGAAAGGUUAGUCAUUCUCUGUGAUGCUGGAUCUGGCUUUCCUGUGAUAACCGUAGCAUUUUGAAAUGACUGUUGUUAUUAUUCACACCUUGUGUAGGUUUGUGCUGAGCUGAUCUUACUCACAGGUUAAUUUCAGAAUCCCCCUUCACUGCACGCUUCCAGUGCUCAGGUGUAGAAUACACUGUGAUUGGCCGGCGUGGCCGUAAGCCUGACACCCUGGCCAGUGUCUUUCUCCACUGUCCUCUCUUCUUUAUGCCUAAAAUAAAGUUUCUCUCUGAUGUUUCCCUCUGACCUUUC